AUGCCCUCGACGACGACAGCAGAGGGCGCUGCGCCCGACCCCACCACCGCAGCCAACAACCCCGCAUCCACCUCCAAACCCACCACCGACGCGCCCUCCUACACCUCCGACAUCUCGCCUCCUGCCUACAGCGACGCAGCGCCGACCUACGACCUCGCCGCGCCUCCGUCUACCUCCGACACCACCGCCGCCGACUCCACAAACCCAACCACCACCACCACCGCGCCUCCCUCCGCCAACACACCCCUCAACCUCGAAGAAGGCACCGAACUCGACGCCACACCCAUCCCCUUCCACUUCCUCAUCCAGAGCAGCGCCGCCGCCGCCGCCGCCGCCUCCACCGCCUCCGCCCCGUCCUCCUCCACCACCUCCAUCUCGUCCCCGCCAACAACCCCAACAACAACCCAAACAAUCACCCACCACCACCCCGUCCCGGACAUCCUCCUCAGCACCGCCGCCCCGCCCGCCUCAGCCCAAGACCUCUUCCUCGACGUCCUCAACACCACGCUCAGCCAGCACCAAGCCGAAUGCCAGGCGGCCGCGCCGCAAACAUGCGACAUAUGCAGCUCGGCGGCGCACACGGUGCUGCUGACGCCGAUAUCGUUCCUGCACGUCGACGAGGCGGCGCCGCCGGAGUACGAUGACCAUAGCGGCGGCGGUGGUAGUAGAGGCGGGAGGGGCGGCAAGCGCGUCGAGGUGCUCGUGACGCCCGUGUGCGCGCGGGACGAGUGCGGGAUGCUGGCGCGGAGGCGGGUGCGGUGCGCGAUGGAGGACGAUCAUGGGUGCGAGGGGGAGCGGGUGAUGGUGGGGCGGCCGCAGGGGAGGGAGGACGUGAGGUGUAAGGUUUGUGGGGGGGAGGGCGAGGGCGGGGCGCCGGCGAAGAAGUGCGCGGGGUGCGGGGUCGUGAGGUAUUGUGGGAGGGAGUGCCAGCGGGAGGACUGGAGGAAGGGGCAUAAGCGGGUGUGUGCGACGUAUCGGGAGCUGGUGGAGGAUGGGAGGUUGGAGGAGGUGGUGGGGAUGGAGGAGGUGGUGCAGAGGACGGCGGCGGGGAGGGAUGGGGCUGCUGCGGCGGCGGGGGCGGCGUGA